AUGGCUCCUACGGGAUCGCUCUACCUUGCUAUUAUACUCUGUUUUCUAACUAUGGUUCAUGCUCGCAUGUCCGGCGUUUUCUCAAGCGGGCCAUGGCAGGACGCCCACGCCACCUUUUAUGGCGGCGGUGACGCCUCGGGCACUAUGGGUGGAGCGUGUGGUUAUGGGAAUCUGUACAGCCAAGGCUACGGAGCAAACACAGCGGCACUGAGCACGGCCAUUUUCAACAAUGGUCUGAGCUGCGGAGCUUGCUUCGAGAUCAAGUGCGCCGAAGAUCCAAGGUGGUGCAACCCAGGAAGACCCUCCAUUUUUGUCACCGCCACCAACUUUUGUCCACCCAACUAUGCUUUACCAAAUGACAAUGGUGGGUGGUGCAACCCUCCUCGAACCCACUUCGACCUCGCCAUGCCCAUGUUCCUCAAGAUUGCUCAGUACCGUGCCGGUAUUGUUCCGGUCAAUUUCCGCCGCGUGCCAUGCAGAAAGAAAGGAGGGAUGAGAUUCACAAUCAACGGCUUCCGUUAUUUUAACCUAGUUCUAAUCACCAACGUCGCGGGUGCAGGGGAUAUCAUACGGGCCAGUGUCAAAGGGACCAACACUCCGUGGAUGCCAUUGAGCCGCAACUGGGGCCAAAACUGGCAAUCUAAUGCUGUCCUCGUUGGGCAGGCCCUGUCUUUUAGGGUCACAGGCAGUGACCGUCGCAUUUCAACCUCUUGGAACGUGGCACCAUCCAAUUGGCAAUUUGGUCAGACCUUCAUGGGCGAGAACUUCAGGGUCUGAAACACCAAAAAGAAAAAUUGAAAGUAUUCCUAUUCCAAGUUUAACUUUUCAAACCCGUUAGUCCAUUAGUAAGUACCGUGACAAAGCAAUUGUUGCUCACCUGAUACGAUUGUAUAAAGUCAC